CCCGCAAAUGACUGCUCAUACUGAAGAUGUAAGAAUAUGCUUGAUUCUUUAGAUUUAGUAAGUCAUUUACAUUAAAUGUAUCUAACUUACUCAUAGGCCAACAACUUAGUUCAAUAUUCAAGGAUAUCAUAUCCUCCAACGAAUUCGUGAAAUUUUCAUAACGUAAACGAAUUUACAGGAAUUGAACUUUUCAACACCACAGCGUAGACAAAGCCCGGCUUGUGGGAAUGAAAAUAAACAAUCAAAAUAAAAACACGAUAAACUUCAAGUAACCCGUGUCUACUUUUUGCCGGCAUUUUAACUCGUUUUAAACAAUCGUAAACCGAAUUUUACUGUGCUCUUUCUUCUUAAACAACCGAUUUUUUCUUCCAAUACAUGAAAGAAAAUGAGCUUACAGUUCUCUGCGUUGUAUCAGGCAUACACACGAUAAACCGAUCUUGUCCACCACAUGGCGCAAAUUUUAAUUCUGGAAGCAUUCUACGGUGGAUCCCAUAAGCAAUUGAUAGAUGUUUUAACCAAGAAAUUUACUGAGGAAGAAUACGAUUUAUUUACGAUACCCGCGAAAAAAUGGCACUGGUGUGCAAGGAUGAGUGCAUUACACUUUGCGGGACGUAUUCCCGCCACCCAUCAGUACCGAAUAAUAUUCUGCAGCUCGGUGCUAAAUCUAUCGGAACUGAUCGGAAUGCGAACGGAUUUGACUAACUGCCGCAAGAUAGUUUACUUCCACGAGAAUCAACUCUGCUAUCCGGUGAGGGAUAGUAAACAGCGUGAUGUACAGUAUGGAAUCAAUCAGAUAACGAGCUGCCUUUGUGCGGACAGGGUGCUGUUUAACUCACGCUACAACAUGACCUCUUUCCUGGAGAGUGUGCAAUCGUUUUUGAACAUCGUACCAAAUAUGAGCUUUAAAGGCGUGCGUGAUAAAAUUGCUCCUAAAUGUAACGUUUUGUAUUUCCCCGUUGAGUUUGGGAAUCUCUCGAGAACGCGAUCCAGUAAAAAGGAGGAUUCAGAAAAAAAACCUCUUCACAUAAUUUGGCCCCAUCGAUGGGAACACGACAAAAAUCCCGAACAACUUGUAGAGGCAUUGUUGGCGCUGCAGGAAAAAGGGGUCAACUUUCACGUGUCGAUACUUGGUGAAAGGUUUGAAACCAUUCCAAACUGUUUCGAGAACAUUGAGGAUCAACUGCACGGGAAGGUGAUACAGUUUGGACCUCUAUCUAGAGAGGAUUAUCGGCGCACCUUAGCAGAAGGUGAUGUAGUACUCUCUACUGCACUACACGAGUUCUAUGGAGUGGCAAUGCUCGAAGCAGUCUACAGUGGUUGUGUUCCACUAGCACCGAAUCGCUUAGUUUAUCCUGAACUAUAUCCAAGCGAUAAACUUUUCAACACGACCGCCCAGUUAGUAAAACAGCUGUACAAUUGGUGCCGCAAUCGUACCCUGUUCGAGAAGCAUCGGGAUGCCUUUUUUAGUCAAAUCAGCUUGGAUGCUUAUACGGCUGACCAGCUAGUACCGCAAUUCAUCGGAAUAAUAAGAAACGUGAGCUGAGACAUCAACAAGGUAGGAUAUUUAUUGUAUAAAAAAUGUGCAUUAUACAAUUUGAUUAAACCAAAAGUAAGAACAAUCUCUUUACUAUAUGAAGUGAUAUUCGAAAUUUCAUUCAUUUUGUUCACAUCGUCUCAGUCAUUUAGUUUGAAAGGCUAUGUUGUUGAUACAAGUGAUCAAUUACCAAACAUUUGUUAGCAGUCUUUGGUUGUGCAAGAACAUGCAUACACCUUUUCUCCCACAUUCUGCAAUUGGCAGCAGUCUGAAAAACAUAGGCCCUAGGAAAACAAACCUCCCGUAGAGAAGUUCAAAAGCCUUAAGAAACAAAUAGAGCUAGGCUUAAGAAAAUAUUCAGUUCGUAUGGGCACCCUUGGGCACGAACCGUACAGCAAGUAACCGAUUCAGCUGGUUGUGUCGGGUGUUGAUAUUUGCCAUUUGCUUAACCGAGCGCAUAAAGAAGACGUCCAUCUAACACGAUGCCAAACUGUAGCAUCCUACCUUGAACGAAACGAAUUGAUAGAAGGAAAAUUUCGUUCUUAAAUUCGUGACGCUAACAUGUCGCAUUAAAUAUCAAGUCUUGAGUCUUUUGAGUGUUUCGUAUCCUUUCUACCCCGUUCAUCUAAAGAGGCUCUCUAUUAUGCUUGAACGGCGUUAGAGUAAAUAAACAGAAGAAAAGGAAACCACACGUAUCCCGCACAACAUGCUUCUUCCUUGGGUGAUGAUGGCCAGCCAGAUUUGUCGGUCACAAAAGUGAAGAAAUGUAGAUUGCCGGAUGAUGGGACAUGGUAUGAGGAUUAGUUUUGCACUCAUCCAUUUUUCUAAAAGUCUCAAAGGACUUUUACCCUGGUUCAUCUUGCAAGACAGUUUUUUUGUGGGUUGGUUGACCGUUUAUGUUUCACAUCUUGUUUUUUGUUCUACAACCUUCAAAGAACUUACCAGUGGGUAAGUGAGUGCUUCCCUUUUUUUUUAUUCUGAAUUAUUUCUAAAGUGAAAAAAAUCAGCUUUUCAGAAUAAUCAGAAGGAUUAGUUAAAAGAAGUGUAGCAAAUUUUGUCUUCUCUUUAUUAUUUUUUCACUUAAAAAAAUGUAACUUAGUUUGUGGCUUUUUCCCAUUGAUGGAUGGCCACUUCGAUUGUUGGUGUGGUGCAUUCAAAUGUCCAUUCAAGAAACGGUAGCACUGCAAUACUAUCGUUUCACUAGGAAACAUAUCCUAAGAAAGGACAUCUUUCCCCCCAUUCAUAGACAGUUCAUUCUCCCGAAGACCGAUCAGUGUGAGCAUCGGUGCAUAUCGGAUGGAGCUGCUUUCGAAUGAAUAAGUUCGAAUCCUAAUUUCGUUUCGUCGGAAAUACAAAAAAGGCUAGCGC